AUGUUCACUAGCCUAUCCAAAAACACGCUGGUAUUCACCUCAAUAUUUAAACGUUUCAAACACGAAUAUGCUCCCAGGUUCAGAGAAGUUGAGAAAGCUCAAAAGGGAAGGGUUUCUGUCAGAACAGGUGGUUCAAUCAAAGGAAACAGUUUAGAGUUUGGCAAGAUUGGAUUACGUUUGAAAUCACGUGGAUUGAGAAUGAGCGCUAAUCAAUUAUUAGCAGCUGACAAAGUGUUGCGUCGUGAAUUACGUCCCACGAAAUCGAAACUUUUUACUCGUUUUGUUUGUGAUUUGGCCGUUUGUAUAAAAGGUAAUCAAACAAGAAUGGGUAAAGGUAAAGGUCCCUUUGAUCACUGGGCAACAAGAGUCCCUACAGGAAAAGUGCUUUUUGAGAUAGAUGGAGGUAUUCAUGACAAAGUGGCUAGAGAAGCAUUGCGUAAAGCGGCUGACAAGUUGCCCGGAUUAUAUGAGAUUAUAACUCCAGAAUCGAAAAUUAGGGUGAGUAUGACUGAUUUGAUUGAUAAACCAGAAAAGAUUAAUUAUGUUGAAAAAUUGAAUGCUCAACCAAGUAAAAAGUGGAGAAAUAUCCAAGAUUUCAAGACCAACCCAAUGUAUAAGUUGUAUAGCGGGAGGUAG